AUUCAAGAACCAAGGUACUUCAUCGCCUUGAGAGUACAGUAGAACAGAGUACUUUCUCGCGUUCCAGGAUCUGCUAAAUUCUGCAGCUGCUGCUCCCAAGAUCUGAAAACAGAUCAGAAGCUGCUAAAUUCUGAAGUCGUCUGGGUCGCGAGCUGCCAGCUCCAAAGAGCUCGUUACCAGGUACUUUAUCCGGCAUCGCAUAUCUAUCGAGCAAAUUUCUGGCACGGUCACUUCGUCUCCCGCCAGUGCCACUCGCUGGACUCAUCGUGCUCUCGCGCGUAACGUAUCGAGGCACGCACCACUGCUUUCGCGACGACGUCGCGAGAAAUUUGCAAUCGCCGCUACUGUCGCGAUCCCGAUCUCGCCGAUCGCAUACGCCUCGUCCUGGCUUCGCCGUUCCCUCCUCCGCCGCCUGUUAUCCGUCGUUGAGCGCCGUUUCCAGUCUUGCGGAGGAGCCUCUCUGGCGCGAGGAUUGACUGGAAACGUUGCCUUUCUGGCGGAGGAGCCUUUCAGGCAGGCACCACCGCCUCUCCUCCCCGUUUCCAGCCCAUCUUCCCGCGUGCGCCGAUGGACGAGUCAUCGUCGUCCGCUGCGGCCUCCUAUUCAACACCCGAACUAGCCCAAACGGCCGCAACGGCAGCGGCAACGGCAGCAGCAACGGCGGCGGAAACGGCGGCGUUUGUUCGACCAGUGGCGUGGGUGCUCUUCUCGUGCGUGCUCGCGCUGUUCAUGGCCGUGCGAGGGUACCGAAAGCGAUCGCUCUCCGCGUCCGGCGCCGCUGCCGCCUUCGUCGUCGGAUCGCUCACCAUGACCGCUGGGCCGAGGUUCGGCGUGACGCUGAUUGCGUUCUUCCUGUCUUCGUCAUCGCUCACUCGGCUCGGCGCGCAGCACAAGAGGCGCGUGGAGGACCGGUUCAAAGAGGGCGGACAACGCGACGGGUGGCAGGUGCUGAGCAACAGCAUCGCCGCCACCACGGUGGCUCUGCUCUUCCUGCUGCUCGUCUCUCCAGUGAGCCACGCAGUCUUGAACCGUUUUGGAUGGACUGCCAGCAGCAGCAGCAGCAGCGGAGGCAUUAGCAGCAACAGUAGCAGUAGCAGCGGUUUCAUUAACAGCAGCGGUUUCAUUAACAGCAGCGGCAGUAGCAGCAGUAUCACCAUCCCUCGAGGACACUGGCCCAAGUGGUGGAUAGGGGGAGAGGGCGCAGGAGAGCAAGGGACGUCAAGUGGGUGGUCAAGUGAAGGGGUCGGAGGGUCGGCCAGUCGUGGAGAGUGGCGGUGGGGAUGGGGAUGGCAGGAUAGGUGUUGGGCGAGCGGGGGAGGGGAGCAGCAGCGGUGGGAGCGCAUGCUCCUAGCUGCGUUCCUAGCGCACUAUGCUGCAUGUGCAGGGGACACGUGGUCGUCUGAGAUUGGUGUGCUCAGUAAGGAGCCCCCCCGCCUCAUCACCACUCUGCAGCGAGUGCCAAGGGGCACCAACGGGGGCGUAUCUCUCAUGGGCCUGGGAGCAGCCGCAGCCGGGGGGGCGUUCAUGGGAGCUGUGUUCCUCUCCACGGGUCUCCUCACAACUACUCUAUGCUCCUCCAACCUCGCCUCUCCUCCUCUGUCUCCUCCUGCGAUCACUGGUGUCCCUUCCUUUCUCCGCAUUGAAUUGGGGGCUGGUGGUGCUACCGUCAACUCCUCCUGCAAUCCCCUGGAUGCAUUAGAAAAGGCCCCUGGUGCUGCUGCCGCCACUGUUGCUGCCACUGUCGCUGCCACCGCUACAGGUGGUGCUGGUGUGGACCAAUCCCUUGCCUCGCCUGCUGCUUGUUCCAUUCUGGGUGAAGGCGCUUCCAUAAGACAAGAGCAGACCGAGGAGCCAGAAGAGAGUGCGAGACAAGAAGAGAUCAAGAGACACGAGAGCGAAGAGGAGCGGGGGGGGGUAAGGGAUCGGCAGCAGCAGCGGCAGCUGGUGUGGCUGCAGGUGCUGGCUGUACCGCUGGGGCUGGCAGCAGGGCUGCUAGGGUCUCUGCUUGAUUCCCUGCUGGGUGCAACGCUGCAGUACAGUGGAUUCUGCCAGUUGAGAAAGAAGGUGGUGGCGGCGCCAGGUCCAUCAGUGAAGCACAUAUCGGGCCUCAGAUGGCUUUCAAACGACGCAGUCAACUGCAUAUCGGCCCUUAUCAUGGCACUCGUCGCCGCCGCUGCCAUGUCUGCCCUAUAGCAGAGGGUAUGGGGCGUGUCCCAAGCGUACGUCCAAUUCCGUUUGGGUGAGAUGCGCUUGCGUUUCGAGUCAUUUGGAUCAACUAUCAAUCUGAACGGUUGGGUAGGGUAUUCAGCGGAAUUGUAUGCUUCGGACACGCCCCAAGAGUUGCUCUUUUCACAGGCGGUGGUGAGGUGGCGGCAUGGCGGCACUGCAUUGCACUACCGGGCCCACCACAUUUGAAGCACAUAUGGUAAUGUAUCAGGCCUCUGAUCGGAUGGAUCGUCAGCUAGGUAGUUGGUGGGCUGAGAAAAGCCCUUAGGAUCUUUCCAGAGACUAAGUCCCAGUUGAAGAAUGAGACUUGAGUAGUGCAGCGGAAGUUGAGGCAGUUGAACCCUUGUACUAGUAUAUGAGAACAACUCUCAUACCAUGUUGGACUGAGAAAAGCCCUUAGGAUCUUUCCAGAGACUAAGUCCCAGUUGAAGAAUGAGACUUGAGUAGUGCAGCGGAAGUUGAGGCAGUUGAACCCUUGUACUAGUAUAUGAGAACAAGUGAUUGAUUAAAGAAACAAGCAUACA